GGCAGAGUUGAGCAGCGCGAGGAAAGGGAGGACGGAGGCUCCGAGGGUCACAGGGAUGUACAGUAAACAUAGGCAGAAAAAUGCCCACAUUUCACCGGCGACAUGCGGACGUUUCUUCGUUAUUGUCUGUUUUCUGCUGCUCGGAGGAACUGCGGGAGGAGCCGGCGGACUCAGCGGACAAGAAGGGCUGCCCGUGGGACGGACGGUGACAGUGCAGUGGCUCUCCCAAAGCCGGACCAAGAGAGAUGCUGAGCCCUCCACACAGGAGGAGCACCCGGCCGCGGGGGAGAUUGUCCUCUCAUCUGACCACCUCCGGAUGGUACUACAAGUGGAACGCAAUCAGGAGCUCCUCAGUCCAGACUUCACAGAGACCUACUACACAGAGGAGGGCCAGCUGGUGACACUGGCCAACCACAAUGUCACUGACCACUGCUUCUACCACGGCCGUGUGAGGGGGCAUUCCGACUCCUGGGUGGCUCUCAGCACAUGCGCGGGAGUCAGGGGCCUGAUAUCCUUGAACUCCAGCCACAACUUCUACUUGGAACCUGUGAGCGGAGACGACCACUCCCUGCUCAGCACUGACCAGCUGUCCAUCACCCACGGCAGCUGUGGACAUGGACACGCCCACAGCAUGCUACUGUCCAACCAGAUAUCCUCUUUUCACUCCAGGGUGAAGAGGAACACCUGGGGGACCACCAAGUACAUGGAGCUGUACAUAGUGGCAGACAAUACGCUGUUUAAGCGUCAGAAUAAGGACUAUGAGAAAACCAAGACCAGGAUAAUGGAAAUUGCCAAUUACGUGGAUAAGUUCUACAGAGCUCUGAACAUCCGCGUGCCUCUGAUCGGUCUGGAGGUGUGGACGGACAGAGACCAGUGCAUCGUGAAUGAGGAGCCCAACGCCACACUGUGGUCCUUCCUCCAGUGGAGACAGAAGCUCAAGUCUCGCAAGAAACACGACAACGCACAACUGCUCACCGGGGUGAUCUUCAAAGGUACGACUAUUGGAAUGGCGCCGCUGGAGGGAAUGUGCAGCCUGGAAAACUCUGGAGGCAUCAAUGUGGACCACUCGGAGGUGUCCAUCGGCGCGGCUGCCACAAUGGCGCACGAGAUCGGACACAACUUUGGGAUGAGCCACGACCACGACGGCUGCUGUGUGGAGGCUACGGCCGAACAGGGGGGCUGUGUCAUGGCCGCCGCGACGGGGCACCCCUUCCCCCGAGUCUUCAGCCGCUGCAGCAAGAGAGACCUGGACAGCUACUUCCAGAAGGGAGGGGGCAUGUGCCUCUACAACAUGCCCAACAUGAAGGACCUGGUGGGGGGCAAGAAGUGCGGCAAUGGCUUUGUGGAGGAGGGAGAGGAGUGCGACUGUGGGGAGCCCGAUGAGUGCACCAAUGAUUGCUGCAACGCCAACAACUGCACCCUGAAGGAGGAGGCUCAGUGCGCCCACGGGGUCUGCUGCGAGGGCUGUAAGUUGAAGCAAGCUGGGACCAUGUGCCGGGGCCCUGCAGGAGCCUGUGAUCUGCCUGAGUACUGCACGGGGGCAUCUCCGUACUGCCCCUCUAACGUGUACCUCCUGGACGGCUCGUCCUGUCAGUACGGCGUGGCCUACUGCUACAACGGCAUGUGCCUGACUCACGAGCAGCAGUGUCUACAGCUCUGGGGAUACGGAGCACGGCCGGCCCACGACGCCUGCUUUGAAGACGUCAACGCAGCAGGGAAUGCAUUUGGAAACUGUGGAAAAGAUGAACACGGCAACUAUGUGAAGUGUGAUAAAAGUGAUGCCAAAUGUGGGAAGAUCCAGUGUCACAGUGCGGCAAAGAAACCCAAAGGCACCAAUGCCGUGUCUAUCGACACCACCAUCAGGACCGGGGGCAUCGAGGUCAAAUGCAGAGGGACCUAUGUGUACAGCACCCAGGACGGCCAGGGAGACCUGCCAGACCCCGGCCUGGUCGUCACCGGCACCAAGUGUGGAGAGGGCAAGGUGUGCCGAGACCGCCGCUGCCAAAAUGCCUCCUUCACCGAGCUGGAGACCUGCAUUGCCCGCUGUCACGGCAACGGGGUUUGCAACAGUAAUGGGAAUUGUCACUGUAAUCGAGGAUGGGCACCACCAUUUUGUGAUAAGCCAGGGCUGGGAGGAAGUGUGGACAGCGGACCAGUGCAGUAUGACAGUCAGGUGGGGAUGGUGGUGGGUCUGCUCUUCGCCUUCCUGGUCCUGCUGCCUGGAGUCCUCCUGAUCUUCUACUGCUACAGGAUCAAGAGCUCGUACUACCACAAGUGGCUUUCACAGAGGGACAAGAGCAAGAGCAGCAAGAGUGAUGCGUCAGUGGAGAAGGGGAAGAAUGGACACCUGAACCCUGCCUUCCACCUCAAAGUGGUGGGACCUAUCAACAAGGCCAGCGCUCACAAGGGGCUGCCUCACACCAGUAAAGAGAUGCUGCCUCUCAGACCAGGCCCCGUCUCCAACGGCACCCAGCCUGUGAACAUAGUGCGCCCGCUCAGACCGGCCCUGUCGCCCAAGGGUGCAGCUCGGGACACGAAGGCUGUACGACCGCCUCUCCCUGUGGGCAAACCACCAGCCGCCCCACACAAGACCCCUCCCACCCCUCAGAGACUCAGCCCACCCAAGAAGCCUCUGCCCCUCAACCCUACCAGAUCUCCACUGUUGGUGUCUGAGCUGCCGUCCGCGCCCUCGGCCUUCCCCCCUCAAAGGCCCCUCCCCCUCAGCCCGGCACGGGGAGCCUCUCCCUCAGUGAAGCCCAGACCCUCCCCAGGCCUGCAGGUCAUGAUGCCUCCAGCUGUAGGGCCAAAACCUGUGGGCAAAGUCACAGCCAUCCCCCCUCUCAGAGUACUCAGACCGGUCCCAGGUGCCAAACCAAACACAGCCUCAUCUCCACCACGAAAAUGACCUUCUGCUCCCCCCGCCUCCACAGAGCGGGGCGCAGCCUAUUUGCACUAAAGAGACUUUGGCUGGGCGCACAGAGGAGCGCACAGAGGAGCUCACAGAGCAGCGGAGGACAAGCUCAAAGUGAAACCUGGAGACACAACCACAGGACACAACACAGUCCAGGUGGAAGCCUCAGACAGAAAAGGCCUUGAACACAGAAAAAACAAUCCACUGCUUUCUGCUCAUUUUACACUGGGAGAGUCUGCAGGCGACACAGUGGAUCGGGCUAGCUCUCACCUCACAGCAAGAAGGUCCCAGGUUCAAGACAUACUCCGACCACACCCCCUGGUUGAAGCAGGUUAAUUGCAGAGGUCAAAUUUACUCUGGGAAGAGACGAGUUUUGUUCAAAACAAGUAUAUUUAAUUCUGCAAAGUACAUCAUCUACUUCUACAAGGAUCAUCAAAGACCUGAGUUUAUUAAUAAGGAUACAACAAUAAACAAUCAAAGUCUGCUUUCACCUGCUUCUACCAUAGACUGUAUAUAUAAAUGGACAUAGCAAACACUCUAGUCACCGCGUUCCAAAUAAGAUGUUCACAUGCCGCUCUUCUGGCUCCAUCUGACCCUGGCUCCCGUUGACUUGUAUUAGAAUAUUGUCACCCUUCUCUUUGUAAUCACUUAUGUGAACCUCGUCAUUUUGGUUUUAAAAUUUUCACAUUAGCCCGCUCUACAUCAUCCUGGUGUUUUUUUGUUUUGUUUUUUUUCGUUUAAUCCUAUUCAUCAUAUCGAGCCUGGCUCCAGAUUCGGUCCUAUAUCCGUUCAUUCGAGAGGCACUGAAUGCUAUGGGUGACGUCACACUCGCUUAGUCCACUUUUUUAUACAGUCUAUGGCUUCUACACAAGGCAUACCUCAGCAGUCAGCACACAGGAGGGCAGAGGCCAUGUCUGCUUAGGCAGAGGACAGGAUCUCAGAAAACAGACAAGGUACAGAAAUACAGCAGAAAUACAGAUAUGGUAUCAUAAACCUUGGUAUGAAGAAACAUUCAAUGAUCUCUGUAAAUUCAUCCAUUCACUGUUAGAAGCCAAAUGACUGGUACAUCUUCUCAAACAGAGCAGAGAGGAGGAGGAGUGUUUUUUAUUUAGUCUUUCUGUCGAUGGCUGUUUGAUCCCACAGUCCCAGCACAGCAUCCACUUGACGCGGUUCUGCACAGAGGCCUUGCAGACUGAGAUUCAAUGGGGGACACUCAUUUGCCAAAUCAUUUUUAAGAGUUAUGUUUUUAUAUUGCGUUAAUGCUGUCUGUAUAAAACUGCAUUUUGUAUCAGCUGUUGUAUUGUUUACAAGUUAAUUUCUUGAUCAUGAUUUAUGUUCUGUGCCAAAGAGGUGUCUUCAUACCUGGGGUGUGUCCAAAUAUGCUUGAAAAUGCCAUUGUGUUUACCACAAUCCUGUGUUUUGUUCGAAACAUUGAUAAUUUAUUGUCUGUACUGGGUGGAGGAGAGCCAAUCGCUGCGCUGUUUACAUGGUAGAGGACACACCCACUCGCUCAUAUUGAUUUGAAUGUCAUUUGCUACGUGGUCUGACUUUUGAAUUGUAACAUAAACUUUUUUAUAC